AUGUAUAAUGCUACCGAAUUACACUUACACAAUGUGCUGUGGCGUCCAAUGCAAGCUGGUCAUGUACUGGGCUACCCGCCACCCGCUGUCACCUUGCAACAGAUGUUUUUUUACCUCUUAACUAUCUUCCUUCACACCCUAUUUCCUCCGCUUCCUCUUCCUAUCCCUUCAUCUUUCUUAGCUCCCACCUAUGUUCCUCCACGGAUUCUUUUCCUCCUCCUCCUCCUCCUAUUCCUCGAGCUUUCUUACCUUCUGAUUAUCUCAUUCACACACUACUUCUCUCAACUCUUAUCUCCCUCACUUUCUUACCUUCUACCUAUGUCUCUUCACACUCUUUUUACUAGCCUCCUUCUGUUCCUCUCGCAUUCCUACCCACACCCAUCCUCUUUCAUACCCAUUUUUCUUCCUCUCUCUAUCCCUCUAGUUUUCUUACCACCUACCUAUCCCCCUCCAGAACGCGUAACUGAUUACAUCUCAGAAGGGCUAAGGGUCGGAAAGAUUUUUCAAUGCUACGUCCCUUCAGAAUGUUGA